CUAAAAAUUUUGGGGUGUCACAUUAUUCCUAAAUUAUUUUUCUUGUCUUCCAAGUAAAUAAUAUGUAUAGGAGAGCAUAUUUUUUUAUUAGGUAUAUGUGGAAGUUCCCUUGGUUGAAAAACUAUGAAAUAUGAGUUGUAGGGUUAAACUUUUGCGUAAGAGUCCCUAGCCUACCUAUAAAUACGUUUCUGACUCUAUAAGACUGGCAUUAUGGGCCUAUAAUAGAUGAAACUAUGGUUUUCAUUUACUGACUUACAAGUUGGUGCUAGAUCAACGACGAUUUCGACGACACUUGAACAACUAUGGCGGAAGGUACGUUCCAAUUUAUUUUUCCAUUGCAUUUUGGCUCUGCAUAUAUAUUUUUCUAUAUUCUGACUAUAUAUUGAACAUAAAAAUCAUAUGAAUCGAGUGUUCAUUAAAUUAGUUUUAAAGCUUAUCAACUGAAUUCAUUGGUAUGCAUUUUUUCAUGUGCUUAAAUGAUUCGAAUUUAAUUGGGUCCGAUAAUCUAACAUAUAAAUACCAUAUGAAACAAGUAGAUCGUUAAAUUUGUUUUAAAGCUUAUCAAUCACAUUCAUAGGUAUUUUUUCAUGUUCUUAAAUGAUUAGGAAUUAAUUGGGUGCUGAUAAACUAACAUAGAGAUAGCAUAUGAAUAGAGUGGAUGGUUAAAUUGGUUUUAAAGCUAACCAAUUGAAUUCAUUGUUUUGCUUUUUUUUUACAAGUGCUUAAAUAAUUCAAAUUUAAUUUGGCAUCAAUAAACUAAUAAAGAAAAGAUAUUUUACUAUAGAGAAAAAAAAGCAAAAAAAACAAAAGUCAAACAUGUCCUUAGAGAAGUCAAAUCAUGUCUUAAAUAAGUAUUUGGUCAAAGAUUCACUCAAUAUUUUUCUCUCCAAAUUUAGAACUAAACAAUUCUUCAAAUAUAUGUAUAGGUUUCAUUAUUUUUUUCAGAUGCAUUUAACAAACACAAGGAGGAGAGUCUAAAAGAUUCAUUUUGAUGGCGGCGCUCAAGCACACUGCAUACCUCAACAAUGAAUGGACUCCUGAAGAACAAUCUGUUCUUGAAGAAUUGCUCGCCAAAUACUCAUCUGACAGAGAAAUGCAUUGUUAUGUUCAAAUUGCGAUGCACUUAAAGGACAAAUGUUUACGAGAUGUAAUAUUCAGAUGUAGAUGGAUGAGUCAGCAAAAUGGGAAGCAAGGAAGUGAUGAUAUUUCAAGGAAAAAUAAAGACAAAAAGGAAAAACUUACAGAUGUUAUGCCAAAAUUAACUAAUAUUGCAAAUCAAACAAAUGCUUCUCCCAAUGCUCAAGCUAUUUUGCCAAUGGACAGUGAUGGUGGAAUUUUCUACCAAGCCAUUGGUGGUCCCAUAGGGCAGCUUCUUCAACAAAAUGCUCAGGCAUUGGAUCAACUUUCUGCUAACUUUGGCGCCGCUUGUAAGAUCCAGGAAAACAUCAACCUUCUCUUGCAGACUCAAAGUAAUAUCUUCAAUGUUGUAAAUAACUUAAAUGACAUUUCAGAGAUGAAACGGAUGCCUCCACUCCCUGUAAAGCUAAACGAAGAGCUCGCCAACUCAAUCCUUCAGCAACCACAACCAGUCCAAGAAAAAUCAUGAGUUCCUACAUUUUGUUCCUGUGUCGGGGCUUUAUAGAGAUGCUUCACUCAAGUUUCUGAACUUUCAAUUACUUAGAAAACAUUAUACUUGCACCAUGUUAAUACUGUUUUUCUUCCUUUUUUUAUGCAAUGUUUCCUCAAUGAAGAUUGUGGCCUCUCAUAUUUUGAACACAUUUAUUAAAUUGGAUGUAGUUAGUCAAACAAUAUGGUAUUAAGAAGUUUAGUUGUACACAUGUAAGUGUUGGGUUUUAAAA